AUGCAGAUGCACUCCAAGUUCCUGGACAGAAAGGUGACAUAUUAGUCUUUCCCUACACCUUACUCUCACCUUAGCCCAUUACUUUUAAACCACUAACCCCUAAGUUUCCAACAUGAAUUACGUGUGUGUGUUACAGGAGGUGGUGAAUGUUGGAGCAUGCCUCGUACCUGCGGCAGCACCAGGAGCUCUGUGCCAUGAUAGCCAACUUCUUGCAGUUCCUUUUACUACGAAAACCGAGCAACGUCUUUAUGUUUCCCCGCAAGGACUUCGCCUCCCGCCGACUCCAGGGGGGCACCUUCAACACCUCACCUUGA